CUAAAAUCAAAGCCGCCGGUCAAGUUCCGUCCGCUCUCCGCUCACCAGAGCAGCGCCUGGUGGAGGGGGAGUGGACGACGCCUGAUUGGUAGCCCCUAUUCAGUAAGCCGAAGACCGUCCCCUGAAAACAAAACAAUAUCUACCCUCUGCAAUUUAUUUUAUUUUAUCAUGGCCAAACACACGACUAUCUCAGUGUCAAUAGGGUCCACUGAAAGUUACCUUACAGCUACGAUAAUUUUUCUGACUCUAUUGAGACCAAGCGUGGCUAAAAUUUCCAACAGGAAAGCGAGUGAUAUUAAUACUUCCUUAGUAAAGUUUGGAAUCAUUCCAGAUUUAUUGAAAAAACCUCCUCCGCAUGUUAUCAAGGCAACAUAUUCAUUCGGUCACUCUCCUAAUUUCGGAAAUAAAAUCGAAGCUCAAUUUUUGAAAAGCAAUCCAUAUGCCAUCCUUUGGCCUUUUGAAGGAAGCCAAUUUUACACACUUCUGCUAGUAGAUCUUGAUGCACCGUCUCCAAAAUCACCUAUAAAAAGGGAGUGGUUGCACUUCUUGUUGGGAAAUAUACCGGGACCAGCAAUCAGUCAAGGCGAAAUCUUAGCUCCCUAUAUUCGUCCUAAUCCUGAAGAAGGGACACAUCGACUGGUUUUUUUAGUCUAUAAGCAACCUCAAGGCAGAGUCAACUUUCAGGAGCGGAAACUACAGUAUACGACGGAUCCUGCAAGAGCUUACUUUUCGUCAAAAAACUUUGCAAUAAAAUACAACUUCGGUGAUCCGUUCGCAUGCAACUUCUUCUUAGUGGACGCACCAAAGCGACUUUCGGUGGACUCACCAGCUGAAAAUAGCACCAAUUUAGGGGAGAAAAUUGGCGAAAAUAAUGUCAAGCCAACCUCGACGAUUUUCCAACAUGAAAAAAGUACCGGUAAGAGAGGAGCCAAGUCAAUCUCAACAGUUUCAUUGACUGAGAAAAGCACCAUUUUGAAAGGUAACUACGGAAGACGUAAUAACAAGCCGACACCCACAAUAUUACCAGCUCAAAAUCGCACUAAUUUAAAAGGAAGCUUCAAAAAAAGUAGUAGUGAAUCAAUGCCGACUUAUUCACCAGCCGAAAUCAGCACCACUUUAAGAGGACGCUAUGAAAGAAUUAGCACUAAAUUAACAUCGACUAUUAUUCCAACGGCUGAAAGUAGCACCUCCUUAAGAGAUAAAUUUAAAGAAACUAGUGAUAAGUCUACACUGACAAAGGGGCCAACUGCAAAUAGCAUCGCGGUAAGUGAACGUUAUGACCGAAUUAGUGCUAAAUCAACUUCGGCGAUUAUUUCUAUGAAUGAAAACAGGACCACUGCAAGCAAUUACUUCAGAAUAAGCAGUCCCAAGUCAACGUCAACAAUUUCACCGGCUAAAAAUCGCAUCACUGUGAGAGCACGCUAUGAAAGAAGUAGUGAGAAACCAGUUUUAAGACGAACUCAGCCAGUGGAGGAUUCAAGCAAAAUUGAGAUUGGCUACAUUUGGUGACACUAAAAGCACAUUCAUCGAAAAUCUGACCUUCUUGUGCCCCCUAUGGUCGGCUGAGGGAUACAUCGUUUUUUUUAAACAUAGCUCGGCAUGACUGUUGGAGGAGAUGGUGACCUUCCAAAAGAAAUAGAAGGUGCCAUUAAUAAAUUAUGUUAUAGCGCUUUGGGGAAGUAAGGGUCUCGAAUUACCUUUCCGGUGCCUCGCGAAA